AUGGCCGACGCAGCAAUUAACACAAAACCUCUUGAACGGAGCCAGCCUCGUUGGGACAGCCACCUCGAUUUUUACCACAUAACCAGCACCCCGAGUCCAACCCCUGCCUCACCACCAGCCAACGUCCUUUUGACAACCAAGAAGAUGCGAUUCCCCAUGAUGAAGCUCUGUGUGGUCCUGUUAGUGGCUGUUGCAGCUACCAGCGGCACGACCUUAAAUCCACAGGUUCCUGGUUCAUCUACUGCAGUUCCAGAAAAGUUUUUGGAAAUUAUGAACAAACACUUCAGCGAUUCUUUGAAAUACCUCUAUACAAGCAAGCAGUAUGAUAGCCAGUAUAUGCAGCGCCCUGGUAUGGCCAAAUACCUGAUGGAGGCCAGCGACUUCGAGUGGGAAGAAGGACUUGACUUCCUGAAGAAAUACAUGCAGAGAGAAGGAAACAUCGCAAAUUUCAGGAGUAAUAUGGCUGUGUCGGGCAAGGGAGAGCUGACCCUUGCAGCUAAUGAAGAUAAAUUCCAAAAGUUCUUUGAAACUUUCACAACCUUGAUCAGCGACGCGGAAACCAAAUUCAGUGAAAUGAACCACGGAGAUUUUAGGACAGGCAACAAUGUUGAUUACGAGAUCUGCCACUACCUCGAUGACAAGCUGGAGAAGAACGUGGCCCGUAUUUACGAGUUGAAGACCCACAGCACAAACCUGAACAAGUUGAAGACACUUGGAGUCGCUGUUAACGCCUUCGACUCCGCCCUCUAAUUCUCUUGUGACUUUUUCUUUUUUUUCUCUCACAUUAUGUCAGUACUGUAUUGCACAGCUUCUAAUUCCGUGAAGUGUGAGCUAUUAGUAUUUUUUUAGAUUUGAUUUUAGAAACUGUUUUGUUAUUUCAUGCUUGGUUGAAAGUAAUAAAUAUACAGUAUAUUAUUACAGCAAGACAGGAAAGUAUGUGUUAUUCAUCAUAAUUAUUACAUGAGUUAUAUUGUGAACCAGUCCUUUUCACGUAUGUCGAGAGUUACUCUCAUGUACCGUACA